UUUGACCUCUGUGUCCUCCCAUCAGGCCUUGGUGUCCACCCUCCAGCAGCACUUCCUGCUCUUCAGCCAACGGCUGCACUCGGCCGAGGUGGAGAGGCGGAGCCUGAGGCUGGAGGUGGCCAAUCUGAAGAGAGGACUGCGGCAGGAGAGAGAGGAGACGGUGCCUGCAGAAAGGUUCCACCGUGUGUGUGCGCAGCUCCGUCAGGCGCUGAGCAGGGAACAGGAAGCCCAAACACUGCUGCAGGAACAGACCAAUCAGCUGCAGAUACACAGCGCCGAGCAGGCCGACACACACACACUGAGCCACACGGCACAGGAGGCGAGGCGGAAGGAGCGCUCGCUGAGGAUUCUGGGUAAACACCUGUGUGGGCUUCAGAGGAACAGGAAACAGCUGGAGGUGAGACUGCAGCAGGUGGAGGAGGAGCUGAGGGAGGCCGACAGACGUAAACAUCGUCUGAUCGUCGACAUGACGGCUGCUGAGGCCAGCUACAAGGAGCUGCACACUCUCAUCCAAUCACGUCGCUCCCGGUCAGCUCAGCCCCGCCCCCCGCUGCCGUUACCUAGAGAGCACCUGGAGAUGAGCGGAGCAGAGAGCAUGAUGGGAGCUCCAGAGCUGGUGGCGUACCAGAGUCUCCUCUCCACCUUCGCUCAGCUCCAUCACACCUGCAGCUCCAGGAUCAACUGGCUGGAGGAAGAAGUCUCCGCCCACCAAAGUCACGUGACCGCUCUGCGCCGCGAGCUGCAGGACAAGUUUCCGUCAGCUGACCCUGUUCCCCUCUCUGAUUGGUCCAAAGAGCCAUCAGUCAGUUUAAGCUCCGCCCCCUCAGCGGACCUCUCUGAACCUCCAAAGACGAAGGCGACAAAAGCCGCGAAGAACAGAGGAGGGAGACGACGGACAGGGAGUGAGGAAAGAGACGUAGUCUCCGUGACGCUCCCCGCCAGAAUGUCUAAAACCCAGGGU